AUGUUUCCUCAUUACAAAGACAGAACAAGACGGGUCACCAGCAGGUCACUCUACUGGAGCCAUCCGAGAAAAUUCGGCCAGGAUUCCCGUUCUUGCCGCUUCUGCUCAAACCCCCACGGUCGGAUCUGGAAAUACGGCCUCAAUAGGUGCCGCCAGUGUUUCCGUCAGUACGCGAAGGACAUCGGCUUUAUUAAGUUGGACUAAGUGAACUUCCAUGAAUGGGCCAUUCAAGACAUCUAUCUUACCACAGAAUGCUAUCUCUUU